GGACUGUGGGAGAGCUUUUUUGUGGAGUCCUCUGACUGACAGUGAGGCAAAGGUGUCCUCCACUCUUCCCGGCGCCUGCUGCAGAUCGCUUCUCUGAUUUCUCCCCUAAGAUUCCAAGCACUCGCACAUUCUUCUUUUUUCUAAAUUUUUCCUCUUUCUUUGCUUAUUUCUCCCCAAAUUCUUCCCGUCGCAGUCCCCGAAUUGUUGUUCCAUCAUUUCCAUCCAUCCCCGCAAUAAGUUUGUUGCGCCUCACCGCCGGCGACCGGACGCAGCAAACCGGGUCUCUUCCCACCGAAUCCUUGUCUCCUCGUGUGGCGAUUUCAUCUUUUGCUGGUUCCUCUUCGGCUCUUCUUCUUCGGAGGGCAAAAUCAAUCUUAGCUGACACCACAUUUGUACCCAAGGUUUUUCAUCAGGGGGUUUAACUGAACCCGAUGCCCCACGUUAAGACCGCCCCUGCCAGCUGCUGCUCACCUCGCGGGGUGAUUCCGCCGCGAUCGAGCAGAGCGUCUCGUCUUGUGUUCAAUAGAGCAUAUGAGAAGAGGUUGGUAGCAGAAAAUGCAAGCUCGCAAAACAUGCAUAGGAAGGAACUGGAGGAUAGAAUAAGGAAGCAGCUCCAGGGACCUGAACUACCACCAUCUUCAUAUGACACGGCAUGGGUUUCUAUGGUGCCCUUGCGAGGUUCUGAUCAGUCUCCUUGCUUCCCACAAUGUGUUGAGUGGAUACUACAGAACCAACAGGAUGAUGGAUCUUGGGGUAUCAACCAAUUAGGCUCGUCAGUUAACAAGGAUGUUCUGCUAUCCACAUUGGCAUGUGUUCUUGCAUUAAAGAGAUGGAAUGUUGGCACGGAGAACAUGUGGAGAGGACUCGACUUCAUUGGAAGGAAUUUCUCUGUUGCUAUGAAUGAGCAGAUUGCUGCUCCUAUAGGUUUCAACAUCACUUUUGCUGCUAUGCUUAGCCUUGCCAUCGAUACAGGUCUAGAAUUUCCUAUCAGACAAACUGAUGUCAAUGAGAUUCUUCACCUCCGGGAGAUGGAAUUGAAAAGACAGGCUGUGGACAGUUCUUAUGGAAGAAAAGCAUAUAUGGCCUAUAUCACAGAAGGAUUAGGAAACAUGCUGGACUGGAAUGAAGUUAUGAGAUUCCAGAGGAAGAAUGGAUCAUUGUUCAACUCUCCUUCCACAACUGCUGUUGCGUUAAUCUACAAGUAUGAUGAUCAAGCCCUCCAAUACCUAAAUUCACUCGUCAGUAAAUUUGGCAGUGCAGUGCCAGCAGUGUAUCCACUAAAUAUACAUUGUCAGCUUUCAAUGGUGGAUGCCCUUGAAAAGAUGGGAAUUUCUCAGCAUUUUAUCAGUGAAAUAAAGAGCAUCCUGGACAUGACAUACAUUUGCUGGUUACAGAAGGAUGAGGAACUCACGAUGGACAUAGCAACAUGCGCAAUGGCAUUUCGCCUUUUAAGGAUGAAUGGAUAUGAUGUUUCCUCAGAUGAGCUGUCUCAUGUUGCUGAAGCUUCCACUUUCUGUAAUUCACUUCAAGGAUAUCUAAAUGAUACAAAAUCGGUACUGGAACUGUACAGGGCUUCAAAAGUCAGCUUAUCCGAUAAUGAUUUGAUCUUAGAUAGCAUAGGCUCCUGGUCAGGAAAUUUAUUGAAGGAUAAGUUGUGCUCUAAUUGGGUGCAAAGAACCCUGAUCUUUGGAGAGAUGGAGAAUGCUCUUAAGUUUCCCUUCUAUGCUACACUGGAGCGUCUAGAACACAAGAGAAACAUUGAACAUUUUGAUGCUAGGGGUUCUCUGAUGCUAAAGACAGAAUGCUUGCCUUUUCGUGCAAAUCAAGAACUUCUAGCUUUGGCCAUUGAAGAAUUCAGUUUCUCUCAAUCUGUUUACCAGGAUGAACUUCGGCAUCUUGAUAGUUGGGUGAAGGAGAACAGGCUGGACCAGCUACAGUUUGCUCGGCAGAGGUUGACAUAUUGCUAUCUGUCUGCUGCUGCUACCAUAUUUGCUCCCCAAUUGUCUAAUGCUCGCAUUUCAUGGGCUAAAAAUGGUGUUCUCACAACUGUUGUUGAUGACUUCUUUGAUGUUGGGGGGUCAAAAGAGGAAUUACAAAACCUGAUAUCAUUAGUUGAGAAGUGGCAUGAGCACCACGACGAGGAGUUCUGCUCAGAGCAAGUAGAAAUAGUAUUUUCUGCUAUUUAUUCUACAGCGAACCAGUUUGGAGCAAAGGCUUCCACAGUGCAAGGCCGUGAUGUUACGAAACACCUAGCGGAAAUAUGGUUACAUCUAUUGAGGUCUAUGAUGACAGAGGCAGAAUGGCAGAGGAGCCAAUAUGUGCCAACAGUUGAAGAAUACAUGACAAAUGCAGUUGUCUCAUUCGCAUUGGGUCCGAUUGUUCUCCCAGCAUUGUAUUUUGUCGGACAAAGGCUCUCAGAGUAUGUUGUCAAUGACCAAGAGUACAAUGAAUUGUUUAGGCUAAUGAGCACUUGUGGCCGUCUCCUCAAUGACAACCAAAGCUUUGAGAGGGAAGGUGGCGAGGGGAAGCUGAAUAGUGUUUCACUACUUGUUCUUCACAGUGGUGGUUCUAUGUCCAUUGAAUCAGCUAAAAAGGAGACGCAGAAGUCCAUAGACACUUCUAGGAGAAACUUGCUGAGAUUGGUUCUUAGGAAAGAAAGUGCUGUUCCUAGGCCAUGCAAGGAGCUAUUCUGGAAGAUGUGUAAGAUACUUCACCUGUUCUACUUUCAAACGGAUGGAUUUAGCUCUCCAAAGGAAAUGGCCGGUGCAGUGAACGCGGUUAUCAACGAGCCACUUAAACUCCAAAUUAGCAAUUCAUUUUUGUCUAUUUCAUCAUAAAACUAAGGAUUUCCUGUUUUUUAUCCUGUUCAUGUGAAUCAAAGGCAGCAACAGCUAGCACAAGACAGUGUAACUGGCCUGAUGUAACGAUUGAUCAAGGUAGUUCUUUUUGGCUGCCACUGUGUUUUAUCGAUCAAGGAUCAAGGUUUAGAAAGAACUGUUAUUCUUUGAUAGUGACAGUUCUUUGUUAUCUUUUAUAAGAUUUUGAUUAAGAA